AUGCUCCUCCGCCCUCUUUCCCAACUCAAGAACCCAUCUUCUCGCACCCACCUUCGCUGCCUGCGCUGUCUAUCAACCGCAACCGAAUCAUCCGCGACCCAUCACAAAGAACAACAACGACAACAACAACAUCAUGCCCCCACCACCUCCAACCACGUCCAGAUCGUCGAAGUCGGCCCGCGCGACGGCCUGCAGAACGAAGAGACCUUAAUCCCGCUAACGACGAAGAUAGAGCUGAUAGAGCGGCUGGCAAAGACGGGCCUACGGGAUAUAGAAGCGGGCAGCUUCGUGGCGCCGAAAUGGGUCCCCCAGAUGGCCGACUCCUCUGAGAUCCUGUCCUAUUUACUCAAACACCCCCCGAACACCCUGGACCCGAUAUCCUAUUCCUUCCUUGCGCCCAACGCGAAGGGACUGCAGAACGCGCUGGCGUUACUGAAACAGUACCCGAAAGCCUACCAAACUUUCUCGACGCCCAGCGACCCUUCCAAGGCGGGCGAAACCCCCUCUGCGAACGGCUUGGCCGUCGGCGCAGAAGAGAAGAAGCGCGAAAGGCCGUUCAUAGAGAUAUCCGUAUUCGCGGCAGCGACGGAGACGUUCACGCAAAAGAACCUCAACACCGAUAUCGCGACGUCGCUGCUCCGGUUCCAGGAGGUGAUCGCCGGCGCCAAAGGCCAGGGGCUGCGGGUCCGCGCGUACAUCUCCGUCGUGCUUGGGUGUCCGUUCGAAGGGUACGACGUCGAUCCGCACCGGGUGGCCGAGAUGGCGUGCUCGCUGAUGGAGAUGGGCGCGGACGAGAUUGACCUCGGCGACACGACGGGGAUGGGCACGGCGCCGCGGACGGCAGCCCUCCUGCGUGCGCUCUCGGCGGCGGGGAUCCGGAACGAGGAUCUCACGAUGCACUUCCACGACACGUACGGUCAGGCGCUGGUCAACACGGCGGUGAGCCUCGAGCACGGCGUGCGGAGGUUCGACAGCUCGGUCGGUGGGCUGGGCGGUUGUCCGUACAGCCCCGGCGCGACGGGGAACGUGAGCACGGAGGACCUGGUCUACUUCAUGGAGAGCCUGGGGAUGGAGACGGGGGUGGAUCUGGACGGGAUGGCGGAGAUUGGGGCGUGGAUUACGGGGGAGAUGGGCAAGGCGAAUGGUAGUUUGGUUGGAAAGGCAAUCUUGGGGAAGAGGAGGAAGGAGAGGGGAGGGGGCGUUUGA